AUGCCUCCUAAGGGGAAGCCUUGUAAGGUUGCUACCAACAAGAUGGACCCUGCUGCUGCUGCGCUUAAGACACCGGCUACGGGCUCCAUGGCUCGUCCGGCCUUGGUCACUGCUGUCCCGUCGAAGUCCACGCGGACUCUGUUUGCGGAGGAAGACUCAGAAUCUUUGACGCUGUCGGCUAAGCUGGAUGCACUCCGUAUUGAGCAAGCUGCUGGAGGGAAGGCGGACAAUGGCAAAGGAAAAGAUGGUGAUUUUAAGGAUGUGGUAUUUGAUGCGGAAGAAGCUGCUGCUGAAGAUGUUGCUGGGGAGUCAUCGUCUGGUGCUGCUCGUCGUUUCUGCAUCUUGGAUGAUGAGGAUGACGGCCUUAUUGCUCACGACCCGAAGGAAUGUUUUGAGGAUAAGGCGAAGGAGGAGCUCGCGGCGAAGCCGCGUUUCCCGCUAACACUGCUGUUUCCAAGCGACCAUCUGCAAGAAGUUCCUGCUCACACGCGUCCGGUGAAGGUGAUCUUUAAUCACAAAUUCGGCAUCAGGGUGGUGCUGCAGGCGAAUCUGAGGCUGCAUAUGGGCCCCGGGAUUUGGCGGUUGCCCUCUGCAAACACAGCGAAACCAGGGGUGGAAAGAGUGGUCAGAACAGUUACCGAAAGGCACCGCGCAGGGAAGUCGGGUAACUUCGGUUCCCUACUCACCAAGCUCAAGGCGGCGCUCAGGAGAUACGCGACGGAGGAACGGAAAAGGGUGCGGGCGACCUUGAGGCAUCUGGAGCUGGCGGUCUCUGAGACGAAAGGAGAAAUUGCAUCGAAGGUACUCUCCGGGAAAGUGAAGUCCAAGAAGAUGAGAACGAUGAUUCCUGCUCUGACGGUGCAGGGGGUAGAGCAGAAGGGGACGAAAGGGAUUCUGGAAGCUGCAUCCGGCUUCUACGCAGAGCUGUUCGCGGAGGCUCCACCGUCAGGCCUGCCAUGCUGGAAGCCAGAUGUGGGCAAAAUGCUAAGGGGAGAUGAAGCGGCGGAGCUGGAUGCUGACUGGUCAGAGGAAGAGAUAAAGGCGGCGCUGGGUGGUAUGGCGCGGGACAAGUCCCCAGGGAACGACGGUCUCCCGAAAGAGCUCUUCGAGCUGCACUGGGACCUGCUAAAAGAGGAUUUCAUAGGUUUCUUUAAAAGGUUUGAAGAAACGGCGGUGCUCUCGGAGGAGGUGCAGGAGGCGGUGAAUAUCCUGCUGCACAAGAAGGGUCCGAGGGAGCUGGUGAAGAACUAUAGACCAAUUACCCUGUUCACAAGCUCUUACAAGGUAGUGGCGAAGCUGCUGGCUAACCGAAUGAAGAAGGUAUUGGGAACGGUCAUCUCGGAGGAGCAGCACGGCUUCCUUCCUGGUCGGCGGCUCACGGAUGCGGUGUCGAUGGUGGCAGACGUGAUCGAAGCCGCGAACAAUGAUAAUGAGGACUGGUACUUGAUGAUGGUGGACUUUCAGAAGGCCUUCGACUCGGGGCCUGAAUGGAGGGUCGUUCACGUGCCUCCUGGUCAACGAAUGGCUCGAGUUGAUGUCUGCAAGGGGGUUCGCCAAGGGUGUCCGCUCGCGCCGUACCUCUUCUUGUGCGCGGUGGAGCCAUUCUGCCAAGAGGCAAAGCGCAGGAAGUUAGGCAUAUGCGAUGACCAUGGGGACCGGCUGGCCUACCUCGGGUAUGCUGAUGACACGACUUUGGUGCUGAAAGGGAAGCAGCAGAUUGGUCGGGCAGAGACGCUUCUGGAAGAGUUCAAGGCUUGCUCUGGCUUUCGGGUGAAGAAAGACAAGUCGGCAAUAUUACCGCUGGGGAAGAACCUGGACAAAGGAAUAGACAGGGAGUCAGCCUUCACGUGGAUUGAACCUAAAGAAGCAAAGCGGCUACUGGGUGUCUGGGUGUCCCCGUCCGGGAGUGCCGCAGUCACCUGGGAGAAGGCGCUGGCCAGGGCGGCGGAAGAACUGGUGAAGUGGCGCUCACAGCAUCUUACCACGACGGCAAGGGUGGCGGUGGUGAACACCUACGUUUGCCCGAUCCUCGCUUUCCAGGGUCAGGCAUCUGAAUGUUUGUCCUCGGGAAACUUGGGGAGCCUCAAGGACCCCAGCAUGGACGCCCCUGCUCAUGCUGUGCUGCGUGUGGCUCAGCUCGCCCUCUCCUGCACUGUGGAGCGCACUGCAGCCUGCCCAAGCAUGGCACACGUCGCCAACGAGCUGCAGGCCAUCCGGGAGGAGUGGGUGGGGAAAGAGGAGCUGAGCGCGGCUGUCAAGGUGGAUGCGGAGGUGCAGGAGAUGAAGGAUGUUGUCGGCGUGAACAGCCUCGACACCGAACUUCAGAUGAUUGAAGACAACUUGGGUGAAGGUUAA